AUGAGGGCGAAAGUUGGAAACAUAUCGUCGCAAGAUUCUAGCGAAAUUUACAUCGCGUUCCAGCCACUUUAUUAUAUGGCCAAAGUAGCUGGUCUCUGGCCUCAAACUUUAAAGCGGACAUCACCUGGGUUUUCACUGCCCAGCAUUACAUACCAAAUAGCUCUUUAUUGUGUCAUUGGAAUUUGUCUCUUCGUUAAUAGUGAUGUUGUUCUUUGGACCAAGUAUAUGAGCCAGAUGAACUCUAACAUUUUACAGGAUGGUCUUCAGAUCCAUGUGAUUAGCGGUCUCAUAAUGGCGAUCAUCAUGGGAAUGGUUAACUUAUUACAACACCAAAAAAAGUGGACCCUUAUGGAAUCAUUUGGAAGCAUAAAUAGUAUUCUUUCCAAAUAUUUUUUCGUAACAAUUCCAUAUAAAAACUUAAAACGGUGGUUCUAUUUUCUUCUAGUUGUACAGAACUCAUUUUUGUUGAUCGUGAUAUUGAGUUAUUAUUACUUUUUGGCGUAUAAGUUGAAAAUUGAAACGAAACUAUUGUAUGUUUCCUACUACAUCAUCAAUAUGACAUCAAUGGCGUUCACAAUCGAUUACGUCUCAUUUGUGAUCUCAACCCGUACCAGACUCCAGUUAGUGAAUAGACUUUUAAAGCAGCUGUUAUUUGAUGAAUGUGAUGAAAAAUAUUCUAAAUUAACUGCCACACCAACUAUUUUGAAAGUAGAGAGACCAAAAAUUGAAAAGUACUCAUCUACGUCAGAAAUAAAUCAGUUCAUAGAUAACGUAUCUAAUCUACACAACAAAAUUGGAGAAAUUAUAAUUUUGCUGAACAGAAUCUAUUCCUUUCAGCUCAUGUUAAACUUUUGCGCGAUGUUUCUGUUCCUGGUGUUUGGAUUGUUCGCUUCAUACAAAGCCUUCAAUGCCAUUUCAAUAUCCUUCAAAUUAUUAGCAACGGCGAACGGAUUUUGGAUUUUUUAUUAUUUAAUAACAAUGAUAACAAUUAUCUAUGCAACAUCAAGCACAGUUAACGCCAAUUUUUCCAUAGGAGAUACAGUUCAUCGAAUCAUUAGAAUGCAUCAAAACACAUUAAGCAGCUGUCUAGUAGAAAAACUCUCUACCUUCUCACUGCAAUUAAAAAUGAGAGAAAUUACAUUUUCUUGUGGAUUGUUCAACUUCGACUGGCCACUGUUUGCUUCGAUUCUAGCUGCCGUUACAAUGUACCUAGUGUUUUUAAUACAAUUUGAUGUCACACCUCAAACGCAAACUGCCCUUUAA